AUGGUCUGUUGGGUCGACUCGUUCCAGAGGUUCUGUCGGAAGCAUGCCUUCUGGUYCCUGCUCCUCAGCUACAUCCUCUUCACACUCUUUGGGGGUCUGGUGCUCAUGGCUAUUGAGCAGCCCCAGGAAAACAGGCUCAGAGCACAGGUCCUUGAACUCCGAGAGCACUUUCUGAGGGACAACUACUGCGUACCGGAGAGCAGGCUGGAUACAAUUAUUGUGAAAGCGUCAUUUUCUGCUAAUCGGAACAUUGCUGUCUUAGAUGCACACAGAGAUGAUUGGAGCUGGGAUUUUAUCUCGUCCAUGUUCUUUGUGAUCAAUGUUUUGACUGUCCGUGGUUAUGGUAACUCCAGUCUCCUAUCUGAUGGCGGCAAACUUUUCUGCAUCUUAUACUGCCUGCUGGGAAUCCCCCUCACCCUUUUUGUCCUCUCCUGCCUGUCUGACCUCAUGCUGCCCAUCCUUACCCACGGCCCUGUGCGCCACCUCCAGACCUACUGGGGCCUGCCCUACGGCCGAGCAGUGCUGCUCCAUGCCAGCCUCUUCUCUCUGGUCCUGGUGAUACUCCUGUUCUUGCUGCCCGCUACCAGCCUCUGCUACCUGGAGCCGGAGUGGAGCUUCCUGGACGCCCUGUUCUUCUGCGUGGUCACCCUCAGCACCAUCGGCCAGGGGGACUACCUACUGGGGGAAAGGCGCAACAAGGCGACCAAGGAGUGCAUGGAAUUCCUCACCUCCUGUUAUUUAAUGGCUGGCAUCGUGGCGAUUCUGACGUUCCAGGAGACUGCCACGGAGGUGCCACAGGUCCAAGCAGUGCUCCGGCUGUUCUGUGGACCCCAGGACAGAGAAGUGAAGGGAACAGACCGGGAUAAGAUGGUAYUCAGUGCAGAGGACUCUGGACCCAGAGGAGCUCCUGUACACCCUCCCCGACUCAAUCUCCCCCUGUCCUCUGGAACCGCCUGCACCCCUGUCUCCUGA